GUACGGUGCACGGUAAGUAACCUCGAAAGGACUUCCUCACGCCCGCUUUAUGAUGGAUGAUUGGCUCGCGGUCUAUCUACUCGGUUAUGCCUUUUAUUCAUGGGCGAUAUCAUAUGCGAAAUGUUAUUCUGCAUUGCUUACGAUAGCCAUGAACCUUUUUAUGUGUUGUUGCAAUACAAACACUGAAUCUCAUCUCGCCAUAGGUAUUGGCAUUGUCCCUUUGUAAUUCUUAGAAUACUUGGUCAACAAGAUUAUACACCAUUGCGUACUCAUUCAUGGCGCCUAAACCUGUCUCAGUAGCUUUACUCAUAUCCCUUAUUGCCCAAUGCUGCUAUGCAUCACUCGGCCAGGUAUGCCAUUUCGAUGAGCUGCGAGGCAUAGAUAUCUGUAUGCGCUUCUCAUCCACGAGUCAUGAUAGCUCUUCGUAUCAUCUUGCGUUCUCCGGGAAAUUCCCCAGAGGUCUAGGAUGGACCGCCUUUGGGCGAGGGAGCGCUAUGGACGGAGCGCUUAUGUUCCUCUUCUACCCCAACGACGCUCUCGACGGUCUCACUGUGAGCGUGAGAUCCACCACAGGACACUAUCCGCCAGCGCUCUCCGACUUGCAUACCCGGCUCUCACUGCUUCAGACGUCACUUACUAGUGACGGUUAUUAUAUAGCGGAAAUCAUUUGCCAGGCUUGUCGACUGGACGAUGAGCAACAGUCUGCAGACGAGAACUGGAUCUGGUCGGCGAAUACCAACCAGAAGAUGCAAACGAGCGACGUCCAAGCUGAACUACAACUACACACAGCGUACGACUUUAUUAGUGCCAUAGUGCAAAGCGACGAUGUGCUGCACGGGGCUCCCCUGAACGUAACCAGCGAUCGCAGCUCCAACAUCGGGCAGCUCGCGGGUAAGAAGGGGUAUCACUCUACAAGCACGUGGGUUAUUAGCCAUGGAGCUCUUAUGAUAGGUUCUUUCUUAGUCUUGUAUCCCAUAGGGAUCCUCGCGAUAGCCAUGGGAAGAAAAUAUUCUUUCUUAGUUCACGUCAGCGUUCAGCCUUUCGCUACCGCCUGCGUAUUGUUAGGGGCUAUCUUGGGACUGACUCAAUCUGGGAUCCUCCGAAAUACUCCUUACACGAGUCUGCUGGCCCAUGGAAUUAUUGGGCUGGUAGUAUCCGCUCUACUAUUGCUUCAGAUAGUCCUCGGUCUCCGACACCAUCAAAUCUUCCUGAAAACUCGCGCCUCAACCAUAUUCCUACGUUACCACAAGCGCGUCGGCUUCGUAGUGGUGGCCGGGGGAGUUAUCAACGUCCUUCUUGGCCUUCAUAUUUCUAACAGCAGCUUCUCUGUUAUACCUGCGGUUGUGGUUAUUCUAACAUGUGCUGUGUGGGCAUCUCUCCUACUACUACUGAAGCAUCGCAGGUCAAGGCAACGGGUCAUUGAGAAAGAAUACCGGGCAGACGAUGAUAGUAAUGCAGAAUCGCAGGGAUUCCUUCAGGGUCGGGAUCAAUUAUGAUAGAAAGUGUUAGGUAGAGCAAUAGGAGUAGAUUCGGAAGUGUCGCCUCGUGCACCACUCGCCUUGCAAUCCUGAUUAAAACAAC